AUGACGUCGUGUCACUCUGCAGCUGCACGCAAGGCGAGGAAGCCAGCGGAAGACAAGGGAAGCAAGCGGUCUCCAAAUGCUUGCCCUUUUCCCAAGGUCAAGGUGAAAAGCUCCCCCAUGAUUGAAAAGCUGCAGGCCAAUCUGGCUUUUGCGCCAGCCGCUCUGCUGCCGGGAGCAUCGCCUAAGAGCCCUGGUCUGAAAGCCCUGGUUUCUCCGUUCAGUACUCCUCCGUCCACGCCCAGCAGCCCAGGGACUCAACCGCAGCCCAGCGAAGCGACUGAGACCCCGGUCAGCUUUGAUCAGCCCCCGGAAGGCUCUCAGCUGCAGUUCUAUAACAAGGUGCGGACGCGGGGAUCGAUCAAGCGCAGGCCUCCCUCCAGGAGGUUCCGAAGAUCUCUGUCGGAGUAUGGAGAUGGAGAAGAUCUAGGAGUCAGCAUUUCUCCGGAAAAUGGUGCAAAGGAAGAUGGGGAUGAGGUGUUUGGGACCAAGGGCAAGAAAGAGGAGGCAGAUACAGGAAGCAAAGAGCAAAAGAAACACACAGACUCCGAUGAGAAGCCAUCAUCAAGGAGAGGAUCCAGCAAGUCAGAAGAUGAAGAAAAGGGAGGAAAACAGGCAGAAGAAAUAACUCCUUGCAAGAGUAACACAGGGGAUAUGAAGGAGGAGGAAGUGUGCUGUGAUACCCCAGGGGAGGACAACUCCCCCCAGCCUUCCUCUGGAAACAAAGAGUGUGAGAGUCCCAAGGGAGAAGAGCUGCAAGGCAGUGCCUGUGAACAGGACAAGGGGGACAAGGAGAAGGAAGAAGCUGAAGCAAAGGAGACCAGUGAAAGCACUGAUACUCAGAGAAUACCAGACACCGAAGAGACAUCACUGGCACUUGGACCACUGCAGGACACAGAGGGCCUAGAGACUGCCAGUGAGCCUUCAACAUCAGCCACGCAGGAACAGGGCACAGCGUAACCGUGACGCACAGGUAAGAUGGAUCACUGUGACGAUGGCUCCCUAAAUCACCAAAGGAGUUUGCUUGUUAAUGAAAAUGGUAACUGUGACAGAACACACCAACAUUUUGCUGCUCCCCACACCUCAAGUAUCAAAUCUCAGACCUGAAGAGGCCGGAGGACAAGGCAAUUAAAACAGCCAGCCCUCCUGUGUGGUGUUGGGGAGAGACACCAGAGACGCAGCUUCUCGAUUCAGUACAGUGGAGAGGCUUUGCUCACCCAGCACCCAACUCAGUUGCUGUUUUGAAAGCAAUCUGAAAUCACUAGCACUUUUCCCCAGCAGUAACCAUGCACCCACUAUCUCAGUAAGCCUCCUUAUCCCACACAUCUGUCUUGUGUGCACAUGUUGUACAGGUACAUUCAUGCACACAUAUGCUAUCUUUACAUAUAUGUGUCUAGCUUGUUAGCCUUGCCAGCAAAAGUCAGUGUUUGUACACAAAGCAGCUUCCUAAUCAUCCCAGGAAGCAUGGAAACACACAGGCCUUUGCCACUAGGAAGGGAGAUUGCCACUGGUUAGCACAGAGCUUGUACCACGUAGCUUAUUGCAUAUUCUCUAACCACUGAUCACGUAGCCAUAGAGGCCUGUGGUAAUGCCUCAUUCCACCUCAGCCAUUUGUCCCUUCUUCAAGUGCUUCCUUGGUUUGGCAAGAAGCAACUGAAGGAAGCAGGCUGCAGCUCAGGCUGCAGCUCACCUUUGCCUCCUAGUAUGGAAACUACUGAAAAUACUACCAGGUCACAGACUCCCCAGCACUGUGUUUACUUAAGGCUUGUGAUUAUUUUUCAUCAUAUCCUUCCUUGUCCCCUCUGAAAAGGACAUACCCAAUCAGGACACGGGAGAAUAGGAGACACCUAACUCAGUCAAGGUGAGAGCUACUGGGAAACCUUCAGUGGCAGGAGAGGAGCAGAAUAUGGAGCCCCUCGAGGUCCAGACUCAUCCCAGAGCCGGGUGGCCACUUGCUGGCUCUUUGCUUUGCACCAAUCUGUUUUGGGACAGUCAGAACAAGAGACUUUGCUUGCAAUCAUUUAGGAGUUCAAAACUGAAGUGUUGGCUGACAUUCCUUGGUGAUAUUUCUGGACUGAGAGAUCUGGGAUGUGCUGUCCUGGAGCUGACAGCCACCACCACUCCUGGACCUUCUGCUCCUUCAUCCUGCUUCAGAAUGUUUUGUCCUUCUCCCCUGAACUGGUCUUGGAUGAAGUUCAUUAGUUACACACAUAUGUGUAUGGUGCCUUUUUGUUGCUUCUUUGGAAAUAUUUGGGGGGGGGGGGUCAACUUUCAGUAAAGAAUGUUUUAGCAAUUGGAAAAAGUCUGUUUUCUCCAAGUAUGCUGCAUGGCAGACAAUGUGAACCCUGCCCAUGGGGAAAACUUUUGGGUGUUGUUCAUAACCUUUGAAAUGCCUCUGAAAUGUGAGUUGAGCUGAACGAUCUGUGAAACAGGCAGAGUAAGCAAUUUCUUUGUGUGCUUCAACUUUGGGGCAUUUUUAGUGGUUGUGCAAAGUAACAACCAACAGAUUUGACGCACAGAAAAGAUGUGCUGUGUAGGUCACACAUCAGGUUUUCUUAUCUGGCUCUGUCAGAUGGUGUGCCAGUGAUCAGUGGCCAUCCAGUACCCAGCAACAUAGACCUAGCAACAGAGACUGAGCAGAACCAGACAGCUCUUCUUCAUCCAUCACAAAGCUCCUCCUCGCAAUCAUUAAGCAGAGCAUCAUCAGAGGCUUGGAUUGUCCCUGUCUCUCUGGACAUGCAUAAGUUUUGAGUGGGCUCUGCAAUACAGCAGUUUUACAAACCAAAUGGUUUUGAGAGACAUCCCCUUUCUGUUCACCAGCAACAAAAUCUCAAGGAAAGAAGUGGCUCUGAGCCUUGCCUUUUUUUUUCCAGGUGAGAGUACUGAGGUAUAAUUUGCUGGGAGCCAGUGGUGUUGCCCCUCUGUGUAGCACAGGCUUGUUGGCAGACAUGAGCCCCGAAUCCUUUGGAGCCAUGUGGUGGAGCAUUUGUGCCUUUGAAUCCAUUUUAACCUGUUUGUUAGAGCGUUUAUUCCAGGGCAGGCUGCAGUCAUUCACUGUAUCGUUUCUCCUCUCAGCAGUGUGCCCCAUCUGGUUGUGAGUGAUUGUGCCUUACUGUACAUAUAGAUAUGUGUGUGCCUGCUUAGAGAGUGUGUGUCCCGAGCAAGGGAAUGCAAAUCUGAGGGAGUGGCAGAAGAAAUAAAUGGUGGAAUUAAA